UCACCUGCUCAAAAGUUCCCACUAUAAGUCUAACAGCGGUCUAAUCAAGCUUUAGUCUCCUUCGAACAACCAACCACGUACGGCGAUUAUUAUAGAUCGCAAGAUGGCAUCGAAACUUUACCUGCUGAGUGCGAUGCUAGUGACACUGAUCGCAGCAGGUUCAACAGUUGAAGGAAAAAGAAUUUCGCAAAUCAAAUGUGAGGAGUUCAUCCGUGGCACGCAGCAAGAAACCAAAGUGAUCGCACUGACACUGAAUCCUACGCCUAUCGUGUUCAAAUCAUUCGUUUGUUCUAGAUCGGUAGAUCUGAUCUUGGGUGGAGAGGAUGCCAAGGAAGCCGAAUUUCCGCAUCAAGCUUUGCUCGGCUAUAGGACUCAAGAUUCGGAUGAGUACGAAUUUGAUUGCGGAGGAACCUUGGUCAGCGAGUGGUAUGUUCUGACGGCUGCUCAUUGUAUGAAGAGAGGCAAACCCAGCUUCGUUCGACUGGGGGAAUCAAAUUUGAAACAGAGAAGCGCUCAGGAGUUUAACAUCGAAAUUGAUUAUAUUAUCAGACAUCCGCAGCAUAGGUUUAAGGAAUCGUAUCACGAUAUAGCUCUCAUCAAAUUGAUGGAACGUGUAUAUUUUUCUAAUUAUGUGCAACCAGCCUGCCUUUGGGACGAUUUGAACGACACUAUCUCCCCGGUAAUUGCUACAGGCUUUGGAGUUACGGAAAGUGAGCGAAGGUCGGACAAACUACGCAAGGUGCAGUUGGAAAUCAUGGAUUCCAGUGAGUGCGAAAACAUUUUCUGGGGACUUAGAAGUUUUACACGUGGUAUUGUGGACUCGCAAUUAUGCAUCGGUAGCUCGCGAAACCAAGGAGACACGUGCCAAGGUGAUUCUGGUGGCCCGGUUCAGGUGCUGUUGAAUCCAAAUGGGUGCAUUUAUCACGUUUUAGCGAUCACCUCGGUUGGUGCUGGGUGUGGCCAAGCUUCAGCUGUUUACACGAAAGUUGCCAGCUAUAUUGAAUGGAUCGAGAACAUCGUGUGGGCGUAACGGCGGAAAGAUUGGAAGUGAACGACGAAGAUCAUCAUAUCCUGCUAAUUCAUCUAAAUUGUAAAAAUAGACCAAACAACUCCCUUGCUGAGUGGGU